AGAAUUCAACAGUCAUGUCCGGCAUUGUUCGACGUUUAUGGCAGCGCAUAAUGGCGCCUAACAUGGUAGGAAGGGAUCUGCAAGGAAACCGGUUCUUUGAGUACCCUAAUCCCCUAGCUCCAGAACGGCCGAAGAGGAUGGUGAAAUACAAGGACUCGGGUUCCAUGCUCAAUUGGAAUACAUUACCUGUGCAAUGGCAGAUGUGGAUGACACACACGCGACGGAACCCUCCCACCAUAGAGGAACUGCAAGCUGACCUCGUGCGACGCGAGCGCGUCGCUCGUAACGUAGCUUUGCUAGAGCAGUCGCGCAGAGAGGAAGCCUCGCGUCUCGCGCAAUCCUCGGAUCUCCAGUUGUCUGUCGAGGCGCCUAAAUCGCAACAAACACCGCCGACCCGAAACCAAAUCCCGGACGAAGUCAACGUGAAAGAGGCCGCGGCACCCAGCCCAAAUCCUUGGAAAGCCAUGGUGCCAGGGAGCGACCAGCCGCAACCGUGGUCUCCCCGGGCUGUGAACCGUGGAGGAAGUUAGUUCCUUGUCUUUUCCUGCCUCUGAUGGUGGCAACUGGAUCAUCCGUGCCGUCUGAGGGAUGCGUGGAAGGGUUAGAAUUGUAGAUAUAUUAGAAGGAACUCCUGUCAUUUGAAUGAGAAGUGGGUAAUGCCAGACCUAUUUU